CCGGCCCCCCCUCCGGGCCCCCCUCUACUUCUCUGUGUGGACGUCGCUUCUGGUUUUGCUUUCGCCUCGACGUUGCUUCUCCGGGUCUGUUGAAGGUUUCUCUAUUCUUCGGACUCGAAGAAGAUUUACAUUUUCAGGAUGGCAACUGAAGAAGAUUUGUCUCAGUUUAACAUUUCUGCAGAGGAAAAGGAAAGGCUUGUUGCAGAAGUGAUCCGAUAUGUUCUUUUCAAAACCCAGCAGAAUUCAGGGUGCCCAAUCAAAAGAGAUGAACUUACUCAACUGGUUACAAAAAACUACAAGCAGCGGGCUCUUGCUGCUUCAGUGAUCAACGUGGCCAGAGAAAAGCUGUCAAGCAUCUUUGGAUAUGAAUUGAGGGAGCUUCAAAGAUCUCGUCCUUUAGCAAAUCAGGGUCGCUCUUCACAACAGAGUGUUCCUGAUGCAAAAUCAUAUAUUCUUAUAAGUCAGCUACCUGGUGAUGUGUACAAGAAAUAUGUUGAGGAUGUAAAUACAUCACAUCUGACUGGUUUCACUUUUGUUGUUACUGGUAUUGUACAUCUUGCUGGAGGCAAAAUUACAGAAGAAAAUCUUUGGCAUCAGUUGAGGCGGCUGGGAUUGUAUGAAAUUGAUGGAAGCCAUCCAGUCCUGGGUAACACGAAGCAAGCUCUGGAGGGACUUGUCCAGCAAAGAUAUUUGCAGAAAGAAAAAACUAAUGGCCCUGAAGGAAAUACUCUAAUAUAUGAGCUUGCUGAGAGAGCUUUAGAUGGACCAAUUAGUGAAAGAAUUAAAGAAUACAUAUCACAGAUUGUGCAGAACGAUGUACCACCUGCAGAGUGGUGAUCGGUUGAAGUUUCAGGUUUGAUAAAUACAACGCAGAAGUGGUAAGAGGAUCGAGCUCGACAUGUUCAGGCUCCUCCUGCGACCCCUGUUGGGAUUGCCUGUUCAUCAUUCCUCUUUUUUAAGUAUUUUGCUUGCACAGAACAGGAUGUUGUUUGAAGUCUGCUACUGUUGUAAAGAGCUAAUGUCCUUGUGUCGAAACUCCUAUAUGAAUUUGGACUGAACAACAUAAAUUGAUGUUCAUUUUUGUAUAAAGGGUGUCGCUUUGCAAACGAUGAGGGAAAGUUGUAUUUGUAAUCAGUCUUUUGGCUUUUUGUAAAAAAAAAAAAAAAAUUCAUAAUUUGAAUUCGUGGUCUUCUAAUUA